CCUAUAGUAAGCGGGAUUAGUGUCUUAAUUCCCGGAAAAUAAAGUUUUCAUAAAGAAAAAAAGUGAUGAUUACGCUUUAAUUUUACAUGAAUUCAUGUAAAUUUUGUACUCACUCCAUCGCACAAUCUUUCAUAUUGUAAAGGGCGACAGAGAGAAGACAGAGAGAGCAUUUGUAGCCGACAAGAAACAUUUUUGGUAGAAACACAAAAAGCAUAUUUGCAGGUCUUUACGAUAAUAUUGGUUUGCUAAAUUGUCUGAUAAGAAACAGCAAAACCAAAAAACAGAAAAGUUUGGAUAUUUUCUGAAGAAAGAGAUCUAAUGGGUGUUGUUAGUGUUCCUGAGUCGAAGCAAAGUGUUUCUGUGAAAAGAGCAUUUCGUCCAAGUUCCAGCAUCAGAAACACUCCUCAAUGGCCAGUCUCAGAAGUUACGAGUGACUUAACCAUUGAAGUAGGCUCUGCAAGCUUUUGUCUUCAUAAGUUUCCUCUCGUCUCUCGGAGUGGAAGAAUAAGGAAACUUCUUAUGGAUUCAAAAGACACGAAGAACGCUUAUCACCUGAACCUAACCGCAGUUCCCGGCGGCUCUGAGGCGUUUGAAACCGCUGCAAAAUUCUGCUACGGCAUCGUCGUCCAGUUCUCGUCGUCGAACAUCGCGGCGUUGCGAUGCGUGGCUCAUUACCUCGAGAUGACAGAGGAGUUGUCGGAGAAGAAUCUCGAGGCGAGAACAGAGGCUUACCUGAAAGACUCGAUCUUUAACGACAUAUCGAGCUCCAUCACCGUUCUUCACUCUCUCGAGAAGCUAUUGCCUAUCGCUGAAGAGAUUAGCCUCGUCGGGAGGCUCGUGAACGCGAUCGCUGUAAACGCUUGCAAAGAACAGCUCGUCUCUGGUUUGCUCAAGCUUGAUCAGAAAUUCGGCUGCGUCGGGAUAUCGCCGCCGGAGAAUACGGAGAAACCCUCUGAUUGGUGGGGAAGGUCUCUUCCCAUCCUCAAGCUCGAUUUCUUCCAGAGAGUUGUCUCCGCCAUGAAAUCAAAAGGUCUUAACCACGAGAUCAUCAGCGAGAUCCUUAUGAGCUACGCUCGGAAGUCACUUCAGAUCAUCAGAGAACCGAGUCUCGUCAAAGGAAACGCGAUUCUUGAUUCGGAUCUGCAGAAGAAACAACGAAUCAUCCUCGAAGCCAUCGUGAGUCUCCUCCCGACGCAAGCGAACAAAAGCUCGAUCCCGAUCUCGUUCCUGUCAAGCUUGUUGAAGACAGCUAUAGGAUCUGGAACCUCCGUUUCUUGCAGAUCGGAUCUUGAGAGGCGUAUAAGCCACCAGCUUGAACAAGCGACUCUUGAAGACAUCUUGAUCCCGGCGAGCAUCGGCGCCGUGUACGACACUGACUCGGUGCAAAGAAUCUUCUCCAUGUUCCUGAAUCUCGACGAGUGCGACUACGAAGACGAUGGUGAGGAUGUGGUGGAUGAGAGCGAGAUGGCUAUGUACGAUUUCGAAGGGCCUGAGUCUCCGAAACAGAGCUCCAUCUUCAAGGUGUCGAAGCUGAUGGAUAGUUUUCUAGCUGAGGUUGCUCUCGACUCGAACCUCCCUCCUUUCAAGUUCACAGCUCUCGCUGAGCUUCUCCCUGACCAUGCCCGUGUCGUCUGCGAUGGGCUUUACCGAGCCAUUGAUAUCUUCCUCAAGGUUCAUCCCAACAUGAAAGAUUCAGAGCGUUACCGUUUAUGCAAGACAAUCAGCUGCCAGAAACUGUCUCAAGACGCAAGCAGCCACGCGGCACAGAACGAGAGGCUUCCUAUUCAGAUCGCGGUUCAAGUCUUGUUCUACGAGCAGACGCGGCUCAAGAACACGAUGACCAACGGCGGUGGUGGUAGCGGCGCGGGCGGUACGAGUCAAAGCCAGUUCUUCUUGUUCCCGGGACAGUUUCCGAACCGGUCGGGGAGCGGUAUGGCAAGCGGUGCGAUCUCGCCGCGGGAUAACUACGCGUCGGUGAGAAGAGAGAACAGAGAGCUUAGGCUGGAGGUGGCUAGGAUGAGGAUGAGGCUGACUGAUCUUGAGAAGGAUCAUGUUUCUAUGAAGAGAGAGUUCGUGAAGCCGAGCAAGAGAACUCGUUAUGGACUGUUUAGGAAGCUCUCUAGAGGGUUGAACAAGUUAAAUGCAAUCGUGUUGAGAUUAAGAAGCAGCCAAAGUGUUGCUGGUAACGGUAAGCAUACGGAGGAGAAGACAAAUUCGGAGAGACGAUUCUUGUUUCAAAAGAGAAGAUGUCACUCUGUUUCUUGAAUUUGUAGUUUUUGAUGCUUUUGUUGGUAUUCGUAAGUGUGUAAAUUUGUAACUUAUAGGUUGUAUAGGGAGAGAGUUGAUCAUAGCUUUUUGAUCUUGUUGAGAUAAACUCUUCUGAAUGAUUUAUUUUCAGUGAAGUGAUUAGUAGUAAGUAACCUUCAUUGAAGAUGGAUCAAGAUUCAAGACCAAAAUGAAAAAUAAAAAAACAUAAAGCUAAUUUUGUG